UCGCUUGCACAUCACGGUUUCGUACGCUCGGGCAAAAGCGAUUAUAUUAUAAUAAUAAUGUAUAACAACAUAGAAAUAACCGAUAUCAAUAUAACAAUGUCGCGAUUGUCAUAAUAAUAAUAGUGUUAAGUAUUCAAUUAUCGUAUAGGUACGAAUCGACCAUAAAUUCCAGUUUUUGAUUUUGUUUUUSCGGUUUUCGACGGUCAUGAAGGCCGACGAAGAAAACGUUAGUUGGACCAGCGAAGGGUCUAAUAAACCUAAUGGUAUAGACAUUUUUCCUUCAUUAAUCAGUGCAAAGGUCACCAGUUCUACUCCCCCAAAUGAAUUCACACCAAACAAGGAUGACAUUUUACCAAGGCCAAAUUCUGUACUAUUCGAGAUGCCAACAGUAAAGCAUUUUUCAACACCGAGCACUUCCGUAAAGAAAUUACCUCAYCAAAUGAAAAGGGAAUCGACAAUUGAAGAGCUACAUAAUACCUGGAGAAAAAUGGGAGCACAAGCUCUUGCUACGACUUUGUCUGCUCUAUACGGCAAACUGUUGGUCGUCAUGGGCAUAGCUUUUCCGAUGUCUGAAGUGAUAUCUACACACAUCCCUCAUUCGUUUUACGAGGGUUAUUAUUUGUACCUUUAUUUUGGAAGUAUGGCGUUUCUUUUUUACAUGUACGCAAUGCUGCUCAAGGGAAAGCCCACGAUGACACCCGUCAACAAUAAUUUCGAUAAUUCGGUUAGUGAUUCAUUAUCCGGAGAUGGUUCAGAGAACAGCGAAGGUGACUCGGAAUAUUACGAAGACAACGACGACUUCACAAACACCGGUGGAGUUGAAAUGGAUUAUUGGACGUCAUACAACCCGAGAACCCGGAGACAAUCGUCUCACCUUGUGUUGCCUUCUACUUUCCAGCAUUACGGGAGUUUCUAUCUGAGAAUGGGCGCUGUGGCUUUUGGCAUAGGUAGUAUGAUUUAUUCUGGACUUGAAUUCGGUCAGUACUUCGAACUUGAACCAGCAACAAAAUGCCACAACGUGCUUCUGGUGCUUACUCCGGCAACUAGAAUGGCAUUCAUAUUUAUACAGAUGUACUUUAUAUUUUUGAAUGACGAGCAACAGAUGAGAGUGACCCGUCACCGGGUUUUGGCAAAGUUUGGACUCAUGCACAUGAUCGGCACUAAUCUGUCAGUAUGGCUUAAUGUACUUGUACAGGAAACCAAACACGAAAUACUAACUUUUUAUAAUCCAGCUGACAAUUCUAUCGGUGUCGAUAAACUACCAAAUCAUUUUUUAGUGUUCAAAAAGUGGACGACCACCACGACGCAGUCACCGGCGUCGGCCAUGUCAUCGGUGGCCGACCGGCUGCGGCGCAGCAUCAACACGGGACCGCAUCACAUCUACGAGUGCCGCCGGACGAACAUAAUUGGGUCGCUGGUGCAGAAUGCCAGCCCAUUCCUGUUCCCGUGCACGAUCGAGUACAGCCUGAUAUGCGCGGCUAUACUGUACGUGAUGUGGAAGAACAUCAGCCGGGUGUAUGCGGAUGUGUACCGGCAACGGAAGGCGGAACGGUGUGAAAACCUUGCGCAGAUCACGCACUACCGGAAGUCACCGCACUAUUACUCGGUGGAUUGCGCGCAGGCGCACAAAGGCCUUUUCGUCGGCAUACUGUUCUUGGUACUAACCAUCAUCUCGCUGAUACUGUUCUUCGUGCUCAUUUCCCGGCCAGAGCUCAUCACGUUUGCCGUUAUGGAGGUGAAUGUCUGCGAGUUGUCGCUGUAUGGUAUGACCACGCUGGCUACCAUUGUCGGUAUGGUGCAGGUCAGGCAGCUGAAGUUCGACGGACUGCGGAAUCUUGAGCUGGACAACAUACUGCUAGUUGGCGCACAGACGGGUACGUUCAUAUAUAGCACGUUCACAAUAAUCAGCGGUCACUUCACUGAGGAAAACAACACGAUUUUGGUGCUGAUCACCGCAUCCGCGUCGCUGGUGCAGACGUUCUGUCAGACGGUGUUCAUACUGGACGCAUCUCGGCGAUCGUGCGUAACACCCGACCAGAUACGUAAGAAGCCCGGUCGAGAGAUCGUCACGUUCCUGUUGGUCAGCAACCUGGCCAUGUGGGCCAUCAACACGCUGGAGAAGUCCCGGGCUGACUCACAUCCGAUACAGCUCCAUUUCUAUGGCCUGUGGGCGUGGACCAUAAUCACGCACGUGUCCAUGCCACUGGCCAUAUUCUACAGGUUCCAUUCUACYGUAUGUCUGUGUGAGAUCUGGAAACGGUCGUACAAGAUCAAACCGUCGUACAUGUAAAUGCGGCGUGUGAUGGUCUGCUCCGUGUCCUCCACCACCGUGCCACAACACCAUUUGAUAAAUAAUAAUAUAUUAAGCUAUAAUAUUAUUACUAUUACACAUUUGGUGGGCUGGUUUCGGGGACUGAGUUGGUUUCGUACUCGGCCCGAUUUCCCAGUUCAUCAAAAUGUCGAAUACCAUUGUAAAGUAUUUACCAGUUUCGCUAUAAUAUAGAUAUUCAAGGAUGCGUGUAAAUUCUAUGAGUAAACAGUAAAUUAUAGCUCAACAUUUUUGUAGAUACAAUUUAAGUAUAAUGUCAAUUCAAAAUUUGGCUAAUAUUGGUAAGCUAAGCUGGUUCCCGUUCGAAUUUAAGAUAUAUACCUAAAUAAGUUGCUUUCUAAAAAAUAGUAUUGAAAAUGGUCCGAUAUUAUCUGAAUCGUUUUCUUUCACAAGAACACCAAUCUGAUACCAUUACUGAUAUAAAUGAGAUCAACUAUAAUCUCUAGUCCAACAAUUAUUUGCUGUAUUGCUAUGACCAUAAACAAAGUCAACAGGGUGUCAACAUAUAUAGUGACUUAUUAAAAAGAUAGCGUAACUGUCAGUAUAGUAGGUAAUGUUUUGUUUUAGAAUAGGCUAUAAAGACAACAAAAAGAAACAUAUAGGUACAAAUUUCUUGUCUUGAUCAAAAAAUUGGUAGAAUUGUUUUGGAUAUUUUUUAAAUGUAAAAAAGUAUAAAUUAUUAGUGAUUAUAAUAUAGAAUAUAGGUA